UAUAUUGUUGCUUUCUAUAUGUACGCAUACAAUGCAUUCUCUUCGCCGUAGGUGAUAGUCCUGUCCCCUGCGCGCGAGCAGCAAAGCGCACCUUCUUAAUACGCGGGUAGCUUGAAGCAUGUCCUAAGCAUAUAAGGACGACACGUAUAAGCCUACUGAAGGGCUCGCGGCUGGGCUAACUAGGUAUUAAGGGCAGAACGUUGCCUUGGUCGUGUCACCCAUCAGAUUGCCUCGUAGAUGUCUGGUCAGAAGCGUGCGCGAGAGGAUGACACUUUAGAUCACAACAUAGAUGCCGGUCAGCCCAGGAUGGGGACACAUCAAGGCACGCAGACAAUUAUUGCGCUGGGCGACCCAGCGGAUGCCCCUGAAGCGGACCUUAUCCUGCGCCUCCAGGGUGGCGAGGAGCUGCCCGUUCACUCUUACCUCCUCCGCUUGGCAAGCCCGGUGCUCAGGGUCGUUCUCAGUGCUGUAGUGGCGCCGGGCACGGAUGUCCAGAAUGGGCGCAGGGAACUCAAUCUCCCGGACGACUCCCUCGCGGCAUGGCGGCUGCUCUGGCAGGCCAUUUCUCCAGAUGCAAAAGAUGUUUUUAGCGAAGACGCCUGGUGCUUAAUGCAGCUAGUGGACCAGCUGCCCGCCUUGCGCGGCCUGCUGUCGCUCGCACACAAGUACGGCAUCGAACGCGUCGUGCAGCAAACCUGCGACUUCGGUCUUUGCUGCGUGGAGAAGGCCAUUUGGCGUGGCGCGGAAAAGCUCGGAGCCGACUGCAUCCUGGUACGUAAACUAGUCACACGCUCUCAUGGGCUUAGCGGCGUUGCUGCUGCUGCAGCAGCUGGGGAGCCCAGGGGGGGCGGUCGCGCCGGCGGAGGAGGCGCAGCAGCUGGAGCCCGGGCCGGCUACCGGGCUGGCGGUGCCGGUGGCGGCGGGGCGCGGCGGCGGCGCGGCUGGGAUGAAGUGGAGUACGGCAGUGGCCGGGAGCGGGAGUACGGCAUGUUCCUGCGGCAGACGGAGCUCCAGCAGGCGAUGCUGUGGCUGGACAUGUUGCAGCGCUUCGACCUGCAUUGGGAGUACGUCAACAUGUACGACCUCAUAAUGACCCAUGGUGGCGUGGGUCACUCGGAUGUGGCGGCGGCGGUGGAUGCGCUGCGACGGCAGCGACCGCCUACGGUGCUGCACUCAAAUGUGCUCUCGGACCUGCUGCUGAGCUGCCUGCCACCGCAAGCACGCUGCCGACGUCGCCGCGCGGGCUCACGACGCAACCGGCACUGGUGGCCGGCCGACUUUGGUGGGCACGGUGACGGUCCUUCCUCUUCCGACGACGAUGACAGAGGUGCCGAGGUGGAGGAGGAGCUUGUGGACAGUGACUCGGAUGCAGCCAUGCACGAACAUGAUAUGGAAAUGGACGCAGAACUAAACGGCUGGCUGAUUGGGGACGAGGAUGGCGAGGAUGUGCCGCUGCUGCAGCAACAGCUGCUGGAGCAGGAGCAGGAGGGCAGCAGCAGUGGCAGCAGCAGCGGGGAAGAGAGCGACAGCAGCGAAGACGAGGAGGCGGAGGAGGAGGAUAACGGGCAGCCGGCCAUGCAUGCGUUCGGGCAUGCAGGUGGUGCGGACUCGAGCGAUGCCGACUCCGGGGACGAUGACUCUUCGGGCAGCGGCAGCAGCGGAGAUGAGGACGAUGGAGACGAGGAGGAUGGGAGCACCUCUAGUAGCGGCAGCGGCAGUGAUUGGAGCGAUGAUGAGGAUGAGGAUGACUAAUACAGCAGCAAUGAUGAUGAUGCGUAAGUUGCAGCAGUUAGUCCAAUUAGUUGGUUGGGGUUGGAUGGGGUUGAUUGCCUGGCACUUACUAACUGGUUGACCAGUGCCGGUCAAUUCCCGCCACCCUAAGCAAUGUCCUGACUGAUCGUCAUCUUCAUCCUCAAACGGCGUUAAGCGAAUAACACGGCGGGACAGCAGUGAGGUGCCAACUGAAAGCUAUUGGUCGCAAGCGCUUGGUCUCAUGGUAACCCAUGGGUCGUUUUAGGUUAGAUGGGAUCGCUGUUCAUGUGUGUUAGGGAAGGUUUAAGGCUUUUUGAAGGACGGGCAGGUGCAGUGUUAGCACUUGCAAGCAGGUAUAGGGGCUUCCGGAUUGUAUCUCGAUGCAGAUGGGUGUAGACAGUACAGUUGGGCGCAUGCCUUGCAGAGUAACGUUAGCUCCAGGGCGCGCUCUUCCCCAGUGCGUUUGAGUAGCAUGUUGCUCUGCAUUUAGUUGUUAUUGAACGGCUAUGUUAGUUUUGAAUUUAACCGGUCAGGUGGCUUUGCAUUGUAGGUCUGUUACCGGUAGUGCUGCUGCAGCAGGAUGACGCAGGAUGUAAGAGAUGUGUGGCCGAAGGUGUAUGGUGAUUGGGUGUACACAUUCGGUUUGUACGUUAUAGAAGAGGGGAGAAACACACUUGGCGACAUGCCCCAUGCGUUUGCAUGCUUCUCCAUGUCAGUACAAUGCGCCAUGUUUUGCUGCGGUGUCGAAUUGCCAAGUGGAAAAAUCAUCGGUACCUUCGCAACCUAGUUUUCGGACCUUUCGGAGCUUUUGUAACUGGAACAUGC